AUGUGGGCUCAUGCUUUUGGGUUCUCUGCCUUGCCUCAUAUCGGGGGAAUUCUCGGCUGGCUCUUGACACGGAAGGAAGUGCCUACUUGGUUCGAAAGCCUGAAGAAACCCUCUUGGCGUCCACCCAACAAAAUGUUCCCCGUCGUGUGGACUACCCUGUACACAGGCAUGGGCUACGCUUCAUAUUUGGUGUGGAAUGACUUAGGGGGCUUCAACAGCAAAGCUGUCAUCCCGCUGGGCCUCUACGGGGCUCAGCUUGCCUUGAACUGGGCUUGGACUCCCCUAUUCUUUGGCGCUCAUAAGCUAAAACUGGCUCUGGUGGACAUCUUGUGCCUAUAUGGCCUGGUGCUUGGCACCAUGUACUCUUGGUACCCCAUUAACAAGAUGGCAACAAUGCUGAUGGUGCCUUAUCUGGCCUGGCUGACCUUGGCUUCUUCUCUCACCUUCUGCAUCUGGAGGGACAAUCCUGAGGAGGAAAAAGGAAAGAGUGACUAAGACAAAAAGAGGAGCUGGUGAAAUAAGGUCAUUCUAUGAAACCAACCCAUCCUGAUGUGAUGUGGUGAACCAAGAGCUGAUAGCCCGGGGGUAGUUAAUUUUAUUAAGAUGGACACCUGAACAUACAUAUUAUUUGCAUAGGGCGGAUGGGGAAAAUUUUGCACAAUGCAAUGGGAUGUCCCUUUAAGGCUACCAUAUACCUUUAACCUGAGAACCCCUGCCUCUCUCUUUCUCCAACAAUGCUGGGGUUUUGGGGUUACAGCUGUAUGGUGGUCUUAUAGGGACACUAACAGGUUAAAUCUCAUACGCCAAUUUCUGCUCUGUUAUGCCACUAUAAAUUCAAAGUCACUCCACUGAAGACAAUGGAGUUAUUCUGGAUUUAUAUCAGUGCAACUGAGAUCAGAAUUUGCUCGCAUACAUUAAAAAAAAUUCUCACCUGUGUGACAAAAAACACCUGAGAUGAUUAAAACAGGACGAUUUUUACAAACCUAAUGGCUUUUUGCCUUUUCUGCUGUUUAAUUUUUGCAUAAGACUCAGUUUGGACUUUUUACCAUUAGCCAUUAACUUCUCACCAUCUAGGUUGCUUGCUCAUUACUUGCCAUUCUCUCUGCCUGCGAAAUGAAAAUGGUCAGAUUCAUUUUCUGCUUUUAGUCUAUUGUGCUUCUUGGUUCUCAUGCCCCUGUGCAAUGCUGCAAUGACUGGAGUGCAAAUAACUGUACUGAAGGGAAAUCUUUAUCUGUCCCACCUCUAAAAUACCCCUCCCCACAAACCCUCCCCCCCGCAUUCACUGAAAUAAAACAUCCCCCAAAACAUGUACUGACACAUUUAUAAUAUGCUUUGUAAAACCUUCAAACCAACCCCUCUAAAUGUUGUGCCUUAAACUACCAGACAACAGCUGGGAUUUUCAAAGGUGCACAAGGGAGUUAGAUGCCUAAAUUCCAUUGAAAUUCAGUGGGAAUUGGGCACUUGACUUAGGGUGACCAGAUGUCCCGAUUUUAUAGGGACACUCCUGAUUUUUGGGUCUUUUUUCUUAUAUAGGCUCCUAUUACCUCCUUACCCCGUCCCGAUUUUUCACACUUGCUGUCUGGUCACCCUAACCUGACUCCUUUAAAAUCCCAGGCAAUAUCACUUUACCCAAUACCACUUUGGCAUUUUCCAGGUUAGUGGAAGCGGUGCCUGAUUCAUGUAAAAAACAGGCCCAUAAGGACUGCUCAUGUGAGAGAGUGCUUGCAGGCCGGGGCCCGUAAUGCUGAGGAGGUUGUGCCUCCUUAGACUCACCAAGAGGGUCCUGGACAAAUCGACUGUCUAAAGUGCUUACCAGACCCCCAUUACCAUAGCAUGUGAGCCC